AGCCACGCGAGAGCGCUCGGCGCAUACCACGGCAGCGCGUCGUUGGAACCUCAAGCUUUGAAUGCCGUUACGAGGCUCGCGGUUCGCGUCAAUUCGAGGCCAUUGAAACUCUGCGUGUAUAGCAGUUCCGAAUAAAUUUCGGUAGUAAAUUUCGAUGGUGCGCGAGCCAUUCGCGAUGCGCAACAGACGCGAAAGCCAGUUGGUGAUCGAAGCGCGUGCACAAACUCCGCGGAAACAGUGAAAGACGAGAGGCGAGAGACGAAGGACGCGAAAUCGGACCGUACUGGAGUCGACCGGACCGGACCUGAGAGGAGCGGAGUAGAGCAGAGCAGAGCCGAAGCCGAGCACCGUCAUCGCGCCAGUCAGCUUGCACUUCGCUAUGUGUUUACGUUCGGUUCUGUGACGUUGGAGUUGGAGACGGUCCUCUAACGCGUUCAUCGAGAGUACAACGACUCUUAGGCGUGUACCAUCGCGAGAACUCUGACCAGGAUCUCUCCGACGUAUCUCCACGGGAACACUUUCCCUACGAUCUACGGUUGCAAAGUGCAACUGAUUGAAAACGCCGCCGCGAUUAUGCGAGCAUCGACAAAGAGGAUGAACGAAUCGGUGAUAUCGGUCCUAUCCGAAUGAUCCGCUCGUGAUCGAGAAACACGCUUGAAAAUCUGGAAAAGUUCCGCGAAACGAGAAGAACGGGCGAGCAUGGCAUUGGCAAGGAUCAAGAGUUUCAUCGAUACAGGCCUGAAGACGGUAUCCACACCGUUGGAUCGAACCGUAAACCUGGAACCGGAAGUGGGCAUUAGAAUCGUUCAUUCGGUUAACGAGAAGACUCUGCACGUGACCGUGCUCGGUGCUCGACACUUGCCACAGAAUUUCGGCUUCACUCGCGUCAACAGCUACGUUGUGAAGGUGAAAUUGAUACCAGGAAAGGACAAGUUCGAGACAUCGACAAAGAACGAGUCCUGGCCACAAUGGAACGAGGAAUUCACGUUUCCUCUACGCAAAGAGACCAAACUAAAGUUUGGCAAAACAAAGGUCGUCGAGGAGGAGAUCAACGGAUCUAGAUUCGUCGUAGCGACUUUGUACGCGAUUCUCGAGGAUAAACCUUUGAUAGCGACCGAUAAGAAGGAAGCGGAAAAAGAGAAAAACUCGUCCCCUGGCAAAGAAUCGGCAAAGAAAGCUGGCAAAAAGAAGGAUGGUCAAGGUGGCUCUACGGAGAAUCAAGAGCCACCGAAAAAUAAGCUAUUCGGUCAAUUGUUCGGCAAGGGGUCCGACAAACUUCCGGAAACCACUGUCACCGAGAGGAGAAUGUACGAUAAAAGACGCACCGUUGGCGCGACCACUAUUUCCCUCGAUCCGAAAAACUUCACCUCGAAACCACCGAAACCAAAGCACCCGAGCGACGCGUCGACAGGGGACAUGUGGAGACCGCUGCGACCGAUCGCGAGUGGUAUUUCUGGAGCCGAGGAAAGGAGGGAGAACAAAAAGGGUCAAGUGGAAUUGUCGCUGUGUCAAGAAAAAAAUGACAAGAAAGAGGAAAGCAGCGAACGGCUAAUUUUAUCUCUGCAUCGUCUGAGAUGUUCUUUGCAGACGAUGCACGAGCACGAAGCUCUAAAGGGUCAGAUGUACGUGAAAAUGUCGGUGGUGGACAACGGAAGAGUCACGCACUUUUGGAAAAGCGAUCGUUUCCAACCGUGCGUGUCGAUGAAAUUUUCACCGGAUAUGGCGAGAGUCGUUGCGGAUAAUCCGUAUCAGGGAGCACUCAAAGACGUCAGCUUCGUUGUUAAGUUUGUCUCCAAGAACAAAAUGGGCAAAAAAACAACCGUCGGUCAUUUUGUAAUCGGACCAGACGUAGGAGGACCCUACGGUGAACAGUGGAAACAGGCUUUAGCGAAACCGGGACAACAGAUAACGAAAUGGCAGCCAUUCGAAUAACAACGAGAGCCAUUCGAUCAGAGAUAUAUUACGAGCACACAAGUAUUUUGCACAUUCAACCGUGUAUAUAGAAAUUUCAACCGUCCUUGGUUCCGAGGCACGCGGAAUCCAACAAACUCGCUCUCUGCCAGGAAUCCGAAUAACACAACCGUCCAGUAAAAUAAAUAAGUGUCUGUCAAAGGAAGAUACGCGAGAUUUAAAGAAUCCCUUAAAUCGUUUAAACAUUGCGUUUUCGUAAUUAACGACUAACUCGUGUCGUUACCUUCAAACCAAUUAACUACGUUCGAUCGCAACGAUAACAUUUCUACGUGGAAGAUACCACCACGAUUCCCUUUUAUAAUAGAAGAACCAAACCAUUUUUAAUUUUCUAUUAGCGAUAGGUUAACGUAUUUUAGAAAAUUUGUAAAGAAUUAUUUAUACCUUUCUAAGUACACACGUGUAUUUUAUUAUAGAAAUCGAUUAUACUAAUAAUAAAUUAGUUUGAUGUAAACAAAAAAUUGUAUUUACGAUGUUAUCGACAUAGCAUAUAUUUUCUAUGUGUAUCAAAGAUAUAUUUUAUAUGCAUUAAAUAAAACACCGCUUGUUUAUUA